GGUGCGGCGCUCUGACGGCGCAGGCCACGACUGGGGACACGUGGCUGUCAGCGCGGGGCAGGGGAUGGCGUCCGAGGGCGACCAGCGAAGCGGGCUGCAGCCCUACCUGGACUCGCUGCGGCAGGAGCUGCAAGUGCCGGACUCGACCCUGCUCUCGGUGCUGCUGGCGCUGCUGGCCGUGGCCCUGACCCUGCUGAUUUGGAAACUUAUCCGGGGCAGGAAGAGCAGCCGGAGAACGGUGCUUCUGGUAGGCCUUUGUGACUCAGGAAAAACACUGCUGUUUGUCCGACUGUUAACAGGCACUUACCGAAACACCCAGACCUCCAUAACUGAUAGCUCUGCUGUUUACAGAGUCAGUAAUGACAAGGUAAGCAGACACUGGUUUGGAUUUUGCAUAAAACUCUUGGGGUAUGACAAGUUUGGUU